GAGAAGCCUUUGCAAUUCCUGGUUUGCAUCAGAUUGAAACGCUUCGCAGCGAGUCGGGGGGGCAGAAAUUCAAUUUUGCGGCGGGGCGAUGCGGGGUAGAAGCAGAACCCAUAAUGCACGGCCGGUCGGGCAUGCUGGGAUUUAUGCUUGAGCUGCAACCAUCCAGACGGGAGCUAGAGAGCAGCAGAGAGCCGGGAUUCAUUGCAUCGCGUUGCUCCUUCGAGUGAUUCCCUGGCAUUUUGCAGCUUUGGGUAUCCCUAACGGUGGGGCGGCCGCUUGGAGAAGGUGGGUUGCAGAGGAACUGGGACCUAAAGUAGAACAAGAUGUUUGGGGCCCGUUGUGCGCGCUCGGUUCUUCGGCGCUGUUCCUCCUCCGUUCCAUCCGCGAAGAGUAUUGUGGCCCCGAGGCUGCUCCCAAUCCGGGAGGCAUUGGAAGUCCAAGAUCCAACUGGACAUGAUGUUAAAAUUCAGGGUUGGGUCCGUUCGGUCCGGUCUCAGAAAGGGAUUUUGUUUCUCCACGUCAGCGAUGGCUCCUCGUUGGAGCAUCUCCAGGUGGUGGCAGAUCCACGUUUGGAGUCCAGGACGCUGACUUUUGGCUGUUCCGUGGAAGUGCGAGGGAAGCUGGUGAAAAGUUCCCAUAAGGGACAAGGCGUGGAGCUGGCGGCGGAGAAUAUACGUGUGGUGGGGCCUUGUGACGUUUUGGCCUUCCCUCUGAAAUAUAAAGUCCAUCAUUCUCUGGAAUAUCUCCGGGAGCUGCCUCACGUCCGAUGCAGAAGCAAUGUACUGGGCGCCCUGUUGCGGGUACGCAGUGAAGCCACGGCAGCGAUCCACUCCUAUUUCAAGGAGAAUGGGUACACCCAUAUACACACCCCGAUAAUUACUGCCAAUGACUGCGAGGGUGCGGGCGAAGUCUUCAAACUUGAGCCUGCAAGUGAAGAGCAAAAACCGGGAGAAGAACAUCACUUCUUCAAUAUUCCGGCGUUUCUUACGGUUUCCGGACAACUCCAUUUGGAAGUCAUGAGUGGGGCGUUUACGAAAGUGUUUACGUUUGGCCCGACCUUCAGAGCCGACAAUUCUCAAACCCGUAGACAUCUGGCCGAGUUUUAUAUGGUGGAGGCCGAACUGUUUUUUGUGGACACACUUCAGGAUAUAAUGCAGGUUAUAGAAGACAUUUUCAAAACGGUGACCGACCGAGUUGUCUCCAACUGCCCUCAAGAUGCUAACCUUUUCCAUAAACGUAUCGCUCCUGGCCAUGAGGCCAAAUUAGAAAAAAUGCUGAAGAAGCCAUUUAUAACAAUGUCCUAUACUGAAGCUAUUGAAAUUUUGGAGAGAGCUCAGCAAGUAUUCACUUACAAACCAGCCUGGGGGCAAGAUCUCCAGAGCGAACACGAGAAGUACCUGGUGCGACACUGCGGUGAUAUUCCUGUUUUCGUGUACAACUAUCCCUACGACCUUAAGCCGUUCUACAUGCGGGACAACGAAGAUGCACCUCGUAGGACUGUAGCAGCGGUUGAUCUACUGGUCCCAGACGUCGGAGAACUUUUCGGUGGAAGUUUGAGAGAAGACCGUGUGGAUUUUCUACAAUCUCGCUUACGGAGGUUGAUGCUUGAGGACACCUAUCAGUGGUACGUAGAGCUGCGCCAAUUUGGAUCAACCCCCCACGGAGGUUUCGGCAUGGGGUUCGAGCGGUACCUGCAGUGCAUCCUGGGAGUUCAGAAUAUUAAGGACGUCAUCCCGUUCCCACGAUUUCCCCGUUCGUGCAUUUUAUAGCUCUUUGUCCCAACUUCUGUUUUCCUUCUCUUGUAAAUUCGCGGCGUGCAUAAGCGACUCUGUGCAAUAUUUAAAGAAGGAAAAAAAAAAUAAGAGACUUCCUUUUUUUUCCUGUCUCUUUCUUUUUUGUAUUUUUCCUUUUUCCACUAAAGAGAAGUUAAAACCUCA